GGCCGUUGGAGGAGGAGGGGCGCGCGCUCCCAGCUGAGGCCCGGUUGCGCGCGCGCGCGCGAAUACUCGUGAAGCUUCUGGCGCGGGCCCGCUGGAGGUGUCCCUGGGUGCGCCGAAGGCGCGAGGCCCUUCUCUCCUCCUUCCUCCGAGGGUCUGCGAAGCGGGGCAUGGCGCCGGAAACCACCCUCCGAGGGCCGUAGGGCCCCCUUCCGCCGGGGGCGCGGGCCGUCGCCAGCACGGCCAGAAGCUCCCCCCAGCUCUGGAGCCGGAGGAGCGGGGCCCCCUCGCCGGACCUGAGAGCGCUCUUCCCGUCCCUGACCAGGCAAAUGUGCAAUACCAAAAUGUCUUCGGAUACGGACGGUGCCUUGAGCACCUCGCAGAUGGCAGCUUCAGAACCAGAGGCUCUGGUUAGACCGAAACCAUUGCUCUUGAAGUUGUUGAAGUUUGCUGGUGCACAGAAAGACACAUUCACAAUGAAGGAGGUUUUAUUUUAUCUUGGCCAGUAUAUUAUGUCAAAACAAUUAUAUGAUAAAAAGCAACAGCAUAUUGUCUAUUGUUCAGAUGACCUUCUUGGAGAUCUAUUUGGGGUACCAAGCUUCUCUGUGAAAGAGCAUAGGAGAUUAUAUGCAAUGAUUUCUAGAAACUUGAUAGCGGUCAAUCAACAAGAAUUUGCUAGUCCACAUACAUCUACAAAUGAAACCAGGUGUCAGCUUGAAAUUGGAAGUGGUCAAAAGGAGUGUGUGCAACAAAUUCAGGAAGAGAAACCAUCACCCAAUUUGAAUUCUAGACCAACUACCUCAUCUAGAAGAAGAACACAUAGUGAAACAGAAGAAAAUUCGGAUGAGUUGCCUGGUGAAAGACACAGAAAGCGGCAUAAGUCAGAUAGUAUUUCCCUUAAAUUUGAUGACAGCUGUGCCCUAUGUGUCAUAAGUGAGAUAUGCUGUGAACGAAGCAAUAGCAGUGACUCCACAGAAAUCCCUUCAAGUCCGGAUAUUGAUACAGGUGUAUUAAGUGAAAAUUCAGAUGAUUCAGUUUCAGACCAAUUCAGUGUUGAGUUUGAAGUUGAAUCUAUUGAUUCAGAAGAUUAUAGUCACAAUGAAGAAGGACAAGAACUCACAGAUGAAGAUGAUGAGAUAUACCAGGUAACCGUAUAUCAGGCAGAGGAGAGUGACACGGACUCCUUUGAUGAAGACCCUGAAAUAUCCUUAGCUGACUAUUGGAAGUGUACUUCCUGUGAUAAAAUGAACCCUCCACUUCCACCACAUUGCCACAGAUGCUGGGCUUUGCGAGAGAAUUGGCUUCCUGAAGAGAAAGGUGAAGUGUCGGAUAAAGGCAAACUAGAAAGUCUCACACAAGGGGAGGAAGAGGGCUUUGAUGUUCCAGAUUGUAAGAAAAAUAAAAUGAAUGACUCUCAAGACUCAUGUAUUGAGGAAAGUGAUGAAAAAAUAGUACAGAUAUCAGACUCCCAAGAAAGUGAGGAUUAUUCCCAGCCAUCAACAUCUAAAAGCAUCAUCUAUAGUAGUCAAGAAGAUGCUGGAGAAUUUGAGAGAGAAGAAACGCAAGACAAAGAAAAAAGUAUGGAAUCUAUUCUUCCCCCUAGCACAGUAGAGCCCUGUGUCAUCUGUCAGAGCCGACCAAAAAAUGGUUGCAUUGUCCAUGGAAGGACAGGACAUCUUAUGGCAUGUUUUACGUGUGCUAAGAAGCUGAAAAAGAGGAAUAAGCCUUGUCCAGUGUGCAGGCAGCCAAUUCAAAUGAUCGUGUUAACUUAUUUUCUCUAAAUGUGAUAUACUAAAAGUGAAAUACUUAAGAAUAUUCACACCUAGCUACUGGAAUUUAUUUAAAUUUUUAUUUUUGUAUAUUUUUUUUCUGGGAAAAGAAAUACUUUAAUUCAUUUUAGUUACCUAGUGUAAUUUGCUUAUGGGAAAGAAUUUUUUUAUUCUCUUCCUUUAGGGAAAAAACCCUUUGUUGUUAUUUUUUCCAUUUUUAAAUAUUAUUUUUAUUAGUUUUCAUCUGUAUUAUUUUUAGAAGUAUCCAAGCAUACUGGAUUGAGUACUGGUCUGGAAAGAUCUAGGUUCGGAUACCACAUUGGACACUUAAAACUAUUGAUCCCAGAUUAAUCAUUCAAUAUCUUUGUGCCUUAGUAAAUUCCUAGGAUUUAUCUGCUAAGUCAGAUAACUUGGGAGUAAGUCAUAGACACUUGGUAUUGGCUAUCUUGAAACCAUAGAUGCAAUUUAUUUUGAAGAUUGUUUCUGUUAGUUAAAUAGUUACUGUCUUCUCUAGUUUUGGUGCUUUUUGAAAAUUUUAAUGUAAACUCUAAAUUUAAUAAAUAUUUAAGUUUAAUACAGUCGAUGAAAGGUGGUGAUGAUUC